CAUUGAUGCCCUGGGCGCGCGCGGUGCACGCUGGGAUUGUCGCCCCGCCGCCGCCAUUUUGUCAGUCCCACAGACCGACGGCCCUUUUGUCUGUGUCGGACCCCACUCGCUCGUCUUCGGGCUCUCCCUCCGACAAAGCAACUUGCGUGAAAACUCUUCGAAAUGGCUCGUACAAAGCAGACAGCUCGCAAAUCCACUGGAGGCAAGGCCCCCCGGAAGCAGCUUGCGACCAAAGCAGCCCGCAAGAGCGCGCCUUCCACUGGUGGAGUCAAGAAACCACAUCGUUACAGGCCUGGGACUGUGGCUUUGCGUGAAAUCCGGCGAUACCAGAAGUCCACAGAGUUGCUGAUCAGGAAGCUUCCCUUCCAGCGUCUGGUGCGUGAAAUCGCACAGGACUUCAAAACUGACCUGAGGUUCCAGAGUGCUGCCAUUGGGGCUCUGCAGGAAGCCAGUGAGGCAUACCUGGUUGGUCUGUUUGAGGACACCAACCUGUGUGCUAUCCAUGCCAAACGCGUUACUAUUAUGCCGAAGGACAUACAGCUGGCCCGCCGUAUCCGAGGGGAGCGUGCUUAAAAACGAAAGACAAAAAGAAAAAUCAUGUUUUACCGUGGGUCUUCUGUAUUAUUAGUAAAGGCUAUCUUUUUUUCCUUAUUCAUAGUAGGCUACAUCAUCUGAGCAUAUAAUCUUGAUUGUUUCAAAAAAGAGGUCUAGGUCUCCUGUAUUUGUAUGUCCCAAAAAAAUACUUUGUUGAAAUGUUCACUAACUUUCAGUGGUGUUUUUUGUAAAAUUCGUUUUUCAUACCAGCAAGCAAUUAAAAAAGGGAGAAUUUAUACAAUACAAGGUUUUGUAACAAAACCCAAUUUACAACUCAGUACAGCGGGCAGGGAAUCACAUAGACCUGCUUUCUAUCAGCAAUCUGUAAGAUAUUCAUACAGAUCACUAUGCAUUUUUGUGUGUGUUUUUUUCACUUAUAUUUGAUAAUUCUGCAUUCUAGGGAUAGGCAUAAUGAUUUUUUUUCCUGUUUCAAUAUUACGUGUCACAAAAUGUUUGAUUUUGAUCUUUGUAAUUUCAAAAUUUUCCCAUGAAAAAUAAUAUUAAAUAGAUACAGAAAAAGAAGUCCAGGAUGUGUGCUUUUCUAUACUGCUUCUAGUCCAAGUUUCUGGGAGUCACCUAAACUGGUGUGUGCUUUUGAGCUUACCAUUCCAGAUUUAUGUUUUUCAACGUUCACUCUCUGCCUCCAAGUAGGGUCCUAAAGAGAUUCCUGCCGCUGUCUGUAAGGAGUUUUUAACUUUCUCCCCAUGACCGAGUGUUACCUCACGCAUCCCAAAGAUGUGUUGGUAGCUUAUUUGGGUGCCACGACUCGUUGGACUGGAAGGCAUGUUACUGUGCUGUAUCUUUAAAUAAACUAAACACAUAAAGGA